AUGCCAUUCAGCAUGGUGUUCAGCAAUAUCAAGUUUGAACCUGCAUUCCACUUGGCCAUCCUAUGGAUGGCAGUGUUGUUAGUGUUUUCAAAAGGCCUGAGGUCUUAUGGAAAAACAGUUUACUUUGUGGUUUUGAUACCCAUUGUGACCCUGUGCCUGGUCUGUGGACAGCUCAUAGCAACAGGAAGACAACAGGGGUUUCUCUUUCUUGAAAGCUACGCCGGGUUUUCUUGGCUGGAAGGCCUUCAAAACCCUGAGCAAUGGGUGGCAGUGAGCAGAGAAGUGUUCUUUGUCUGGGGCCUGAACGGAUGCGCAGUGAUGCAAAUGGCGUCGCACAACCGGAGGAAUCGGAGAAUAGCCGGAGAAGCUGUUUUUGUUGCUGUUUUAGUUUUAGCUCCGUUGCUGUUGGCUUCGUUUGCUUGUGGAUCUUGUUUGCACAUCCUGGCUCAAGCGGGGUUCCGAUAUGUCACAGCAGUUAUAUCUUUUGCCCAUGGAACUUUCAGACAAAUGCUGAAUUGGGAACUGGUGGAAGAGCCAUUUGUUGCAUGGGAGAAGCUUGACACUACCUUUUCAGAUGACACAGAAGCUCCAGAACCAAUCAACUCAAAAUUUUACAUGCACUGGAGUGAUUUAGCAAGGCACUUGGGAGGAUGGAUUCAAGUUGCUCCUUUGCUGGCUGUGCCACUUGUUGCAUCAAUUCAGUGCAUAUGGUACUUGUCCUGUGGACCAUCAAAUGUUAUUGAAAGAAUGAUGAAGCUGUGCAGACCAUCUCUGAGCAUGGAUUCCAAUAAUGGGAGGCACUCAGAUGAGAGGCACUCAUUUCACUGUCACCAGUGUCAACAGCAGGGUCAUCAGAACAACAUGGGCUUGUUUGAUGAGCACAGUGAAGUGGGAGAUGCUCCUGAAGUUGUUGAGGCUGAUGUACCUCCAAAAUACACACCUCCUCCAAGCUAUUCAACUGCCACUGGCACCAUGCUGGCAAAAUUCCUCCGAAGGUCCUUCAGACACAGUCUGCAGCACAUCCAGGGAUUGCUUCACAGCAGCAGCAGCAGUCCCAGGGGGUCAGUGGACGCCACUUCCGCUGCCGCCGCUGCCACGGCGGCGACAAACGGCGGCUUCGUCAUCAGCGACGACCCAGCCGGCAACGACUCCUCGUCCGACGGUCCCCCUCGAGAGACCCACUACACGCUGCGGGCCGCCGAAAGGCGCCGCAGCAAUAGUCACCGAACCCACACCCCGCCGCCAGACUACAACGAUCUCACGUCAUCGGACUCGUUUCGUAGCCUGGGAUCCUCGACGUCGUCGACGUCGACGUCGUCAUCCACGGCUGCUGCUGGCAGCUUCCGGCUCUUGCGGGCGUUGCAAAGAACGUUGUCGCAACGGAGUCGCGGUAUGAUAAUGAGGAUGGACAACGAUGACGAUGAGGAAGUGGCGGCGACGGUGGGGGAGGAUCAGCAGCAGCAGCACCGGGGACGGCUUGUGCCAUCAUCAGCAGGCGCCACGGAGCUGGUGUCUGUGUCCACCAUCGACCUGGAGUCCAUCGACAGCACGGACGCCUGAAUGUUAUAAGCUGUGUUGAUUCCCUUUUUUUUUCGCCGUAUUUAUUCGCAAAUAAAGGCGCCAUCUGUAAUAAAUUUCAGAGAGAAUAUCAAAUGUUCAAGUCUUAUGAAUUGAAGCAUUAAAAAUUCUUGGGUCCCAAUUCAAUGUAUCCUCAAAACUCUUAAUCAUACCGGUUACUUGACAAAUAUUUUAUCAAUACAGUAUAUUGUAUAUACGGUGAUAUAUAGUCCCCAAAUAAGAACACUUUUUUGAUUUUUUCCUGAAUUUCACUUUUCAAAAUGUAUGGAUAAUAAUUAGUCAAUUCCAGACAAUCACCAAGAUACAAAAUAAACUUUGAAAACUGGAUAGUUCUGCAGAUUUUUAAAAUCAAAUUGGAACCUAAAUUAAUGUGAUUCUGAAAUUCACAAUAAAUUGUAAAGGUAAGAGAAGGGGCAAAAAUUAUAUUCCCUUCUUUUCUCAUUUCAAGAGUUUUUGGAAUGAUUCCAAAAUUUUAGCUCAAGAUUUGCUGCAAUUUCAUUAUUUUUCCCAAAAUAAAAAUUUGGUAUGUGAACUAAUUUUCUUGAAUGAGUCCCUUUCUUCCCCCUAUUACAACAUUUUUCUCUUCAAAAAGAUUUGUUGUGUGCGACUUUUGUUAAGUGGAAGCCCACUGUAUUAAAGACAAUCUCAAGUUUCCCUCAAAGACUUGGAAAACCCUCUUCUAUAUUCAGUAUGCAACUGAUCCUUAUAUUUCAGUAUUUCAGAAACUAUAUAUUUUUUCAUAUUUUGGACGAAGGACGGAACAUACUUUCAAAUGAUGAAGAAAGUGUGCAAUGAAGUAUUUUCCACAUUCCCAUGACCUACUGAAAUUAAAGAUGAGAUGCUUUUCAGCAGUGCGUUCCUGUGUGCAGUAUUCUUGACAAUAGAUUUUUGCAAGGAGCAUUUUGUAAUUUUUCUGUCUUAAAUGCGAGUAGAUACGGUCAUGUUCUUUUCUAUUUUGUUUCCUGUGAUAUUUUUCCUCGGAGGAGGGCAAGGCAUUUCGGGUGGUUGUAAAUAUUCCUUUUUUGUGUAUGUAUGUAUGAUGAGAAGCAUAUGUGUGGACUGGAAUGAAUAAUGCAGUGCUGAUGAGAGGGAUUGUUGUUGACAAAGCCGAAA